AUGGACGGACAGGGCCAUCCAUCGCAGGACUACUCCUGGAUGUGCGUUGCAGUUGAGGAGAUCCUGCAAGCACUCCAAGGCGCCGGGCCAAGCCCGCCGCGUCCCCACAACAGCUCCGUCGCCAACAACGCCGGCCUCUUCCCACGAGCCCCAACCGCCGACGUCACCAGCGCCAACGGGGAGGCGACGACCGCCGACAACCACGCCGAGCCCCGGCGACCCCCUACAGAGGAGAUGCCGCUUCUGUUCGCCGGCCUCGUUGGGCCACGCCGGGUCCCUCCGGAAGGGCAUGCCGCCCCAGGCACCCCUGCGUACCGGCCACAUCGGGCCGCUGGCGCCCCUCCGGAAGUUGCCCCGCUCGACGGCAAGGACGAGGAGGAGGUGCCACGAGACCACCGUUUUGGACCCCUGCGGGUCAACCUCACGCCGCCCCGGCCACGCGAUACCUCACCCGGAGAUCGGGCACCCUCCGCCGACGCCGAGGAAGCGUGGAACCAGGCCAUCGCCCUGUCCGACGAUUGGGUCGAUUUCGACGGCCUGGUGGAGGACACCCUUGGCGACCUUUUCAACAGCCCGCCGCACACGGAACCACCGGCAACAGGCGCGCUCGGGCCUCUGGGCGCAGUUUAUGACCUGGUCUCCGACGACGAGGGCCGCCCGCGUGGGCACUACAACCCCACCGGCGACGACGGCGACGACAGCGACGCGACCGUAUUAUACGACCCCACCGCGGAGGACAGCCGGGACAUACGAAGGAGGCGCACCCCACCGCCGCACCCGAGCGACAACCGGGCCCCGCCGUACAUGGGCGAGGUGGAAGCCGCCCUGGUAGAGUGUUUCGGGGAAAUGCCCGGGGACGACUUCAACUGGGGAAGCGGCACGAACACGGCGUCGACAAUCUCGGCCGACGAGGACGAGGAGGGCCGCCCGUCAGACGCCUCGCGACCACCUUACGCCGGGCCCGCCGAGGACGCCUCAUCGUCGACAGUCUCGGCCGACGAGGGCGAGGCCAGUCAGGACAGCGACUGGUCCUACGCCCCACGAUCGCCGCCCCCGCGAUGGACUCCACCCGCUGCAAAGCUGGGCACCAGCCGCUCCAAGUCGCCGCCGACCCCCUCCGCCCUCCUACGAGGAGAUUUUCGGCCGGGGAUCGUACCCCGAUCCGCACGCUGCCGCCCGAUGCGCAGCGGUGGCCGCCAGUCACGAUCCGCGACCCCGCCUGCCCACCGGCGCGGAGCUGGCCGCAGAAGAGGCGCGCCGCAGGGCAGAAGACCUUACUCUACUCCGCCGAAUCCACGGGCGCCUGGCGACACCGCGGAGACGAACAAUCCGGAUCCUGGAGGAGGAGGGGAACCAGCGCUUCAGGGUCCAAAUUAA